UGCACGUGGAUAUGUCACAUGCAGUUGAUGUUGAUAGAGAGCUUUUGCACGUCAACGUACGAGAUACAGUGUUUUCUUUAAUUGAAAUAAAAAUCUAUUAAAUGUGUUAAGUUACGACACACGAAUGCUGUUGACGAAUUUUCAAUCACAGUGAUUCCGGUUAACCGAAUGAGCGAGCGAAUGAUCUUAAGCGCGUACAAUCGAAGAAAGUGAAGGAGAAGCGGUGCUUCUAUCCCGGUGCAACGGUUCGAAACGAAUGAAGAGAAGUGGCUUCUUGAAAAUCAUUAGCUGGAGCAAACAAGUGGCCAUAUCCCGGCGCAUAAGUUUGACAGCAAUGGCGAAAAGUAAAUUUGAAUAUGUUAAAGAAUUCGAACGUGACGAUAAUUGCUUGCCAAAUUGUUGGAUUGUGGUUAGAAUAGAUGGAAGAAAUUUUUCGAAAUUUACCGACGCGCACCAAUUUGCUAAGCCGAAUGAUGUCGCCGCUUUGGAGUUGAUGAAUCGUGCUGCUAUUACUGUUAUGGAAGAUUUCAAAGAAAUAAUAUUAGGUUUUGGACAAAGUGAUGAAUAUUCCUUUGUCUUUCGUAAAGACACACAACUUUAUAAACGCAGAGCAUCCAAACUCAUGUCCAAUGUUAAUUCUUUAUUUGCUUCCUCCUACGUGUAUCAUUGGCCUCGAUUUUUCAGAGGUAGAGAUCUUUACUAUCCGCCAUCCUUUGAUGCUCGUGUUGUCUUAUAUCCAACUGAUAAAAAUUUAAGAGAUUAUUUGGCCUGGCGUCAGGCAGAUGUUCAUGUGAAUAAUUUAUAUAACACAUGUUUCUGGAAUCUUGUCCUUAAGGGAAAAUUAACCCCAAGCCAGGCAGAGGACAAACUUAGAGGUACUUUAGCUUCGCACAAAAAUGAAUUGCUUUUUCAAGAAUUUGGAAUAAAUUAUAACAAUGAGCCUGCUAUAUUUCGGAAAGGCACUACACUUUUACGUAAAUUGGUGCCAGAUGGUACAGGACGAUUAAAACCUGCUGUUGUGCCGCUGGUAGAUGAUAUCAUUGGUGACCGUUUUUGGAAAGAAAAUCCAGAAGUAAUCGGUCUGAAAAGUUUAGCAACUUAUCAACCGCCAAAUAUGGUUAAUAAUGCUAUUAAAAAUACAAUUUGUACAUCAGUGCCUCUUUCUCCUGGUACUCUUAAACACAUUAAUAAUGUUACAGUACCUCCCGUCGUAUGUAAUACAAAUUCAAAGAAUGAGGAAACAAAUGUUAUAAGAAGUAGAGAAAUGGAUGGUGAUCGAAUGCAAUGUGAAAGUGACCAAAUUAUUAGAAAAUAAGUUGUGUUUUCAAUUUUUCUAUGACAAAAUAACUAAACUAAAAAUAAUAUUAUUUAAAUCAUGUGCUAUCCAUUCUUCGAUCGUGCAAAAGUGAAUUUUGUUAUAAAAAUGAACAACAUAUUGCAUGCAUUGAUAAUGGGUAUGGAUGCGAACAUAUCUUUUGCUCUUUACAUCAAACAUUGUUGACAAUGUUACAUUGUUACAAGCAUUGUGGAUAUAGCUGAAAACAGAAUCAUGAAACUUUUGCAAACUUUCAGUGGAUAAAAUUAGCUCAUAGAUUACAACAAAUGAACUGUUUACAGUUACACAUUUUUAAAUUUAUUUCUUGGUAACAUGUUAUUAAUCGACUUCAAUAUGUACAGGUACAUACAGACAUAAACAUUUGUAUUAUAUCAUGUAGAAUGUAGGUACCUUUAUUUUUUAUUAAUAUUAUUAUAAUUAUUACAUACUACAUAAUGAUAUAAAGCAUAACAUGGAAUAAUACUAUAUGCCACAAUGAGUUACACUGCAUAUUGCAAUAAAAUACACUAUGUACACAAUGUCAUUCACAUCAUUUCCAUUUAUAUGAAAAUUUUGGUGAUUUUGGAAGAAAAUACAUGAAACAAUUUAGACAAUACAUCUUAAACAAUG